UCAGUGUCCUCAGCCAGGCUCGGAUAAAGGUUCCGUAGUGCUAACAUGCGCUAGCGCUAACAAGGCAACAGUAGAUUUUACAUCCAUUUUAUAGCAAACACCCCCUAUCCUGCCCGACUUCUUUUGAUUUAAUUUUAGACCAAAGAGCAGCUCAUUGCCUGUGCUAGUCAAAUGGCUUCCAAUGGGCAAGUGUUUGUCAGAUUUGGCCACCUGAUUGCAAAGAACUGCCUAGAUGAAAGAUGUGCAACCGAACUGCUGAGUGUCACCGAGCAAAUCCAAACAAUCAGCAACCAGCUCAGAAUUAUUUCCAGGGUAAAAGCAGCAACAGCAGGGAGUAGGUGCUCUGCUGAACUACUGGUGAACAAUGCACAGAAUCUGUUUCAAGUGGUCCUACAGUCCCUGAAGGCAGCAGAGGCCGCGUGCGUCAAAGGUUUGCGAAAGCCAGAUCCUGACUCAGAAGAGGCAGAGGCAGCUGCCUUUUGUAUUCAAUGGAAGAAAAAGCUGUUGUGGCACAGAGUCAAAGCAGCUUUAAACCCAGAUAGGGAUGAAUUCGGACUUCGCAGAACACGUGCAGGGCGUGAACCCACCCUUACAGCUAUGGCUCAGGAACCAUCGUCUCAGAAUUAAGAACUAUCCCCCCCACCCCCAAAUUCCAAGCCCAUUCAACAACCAACCAUGGUGGCUGGUGCUGCCCUGGAGUAGGAAGGGGCCUCUGUCAUUGGUCCCUAACUCUUGCAGGAAAUGACAUCACCAAUGGGGAGGGACAAUAAUGCCACUUACCUCCUUAGAAGCUACUGCUGCUGCCCAGGAGCAAGGGAGACCUUCACAAAUAAGAGCCAUUAGCAUAUAUAGUCUGGAGGCCCAGGCUGGCCGUUCUUGGCAAUGAAGCAGCCCCUGUACAAAAAGCAACAACUAUGUUAUUUGAAUAGAAGUGUUCCUUAGAUACUUAUCUAGGGUGGAUGUGGUGUUGUAAAGGGGUAGCAAGGUAUUCCAAUGCAAGGUUUUUGUACCCAUGAACCUUUUGUGCAAGUGAAAAGGCUACA